AUGGGUUCGUUCGGCAUCUUUCUCAUCUUCUAUGUGCUCGGGGGAAUUACCUUCAUUCCCCUGGUCAUUUCACUGGCUCUGCUUUACGCCUACCUAACCUUUCCCGAUGCCCCUCCCUCAAACCACGACUGUGCUGCAACCUCCGAUUCCGCUCAGCAGCUUGCCGAUGAUGAUUAUUACCUGAAGUCGAGAACGGAUCAGCUGGCAGAGGAGUUUCACCGCACGCAUGACUCUGAUGUUGCCGCGGGUUAUUUUGCGGUUUGUCGGGAAUAUGUGCCUGGUGGUGUCAAUGGCAAACCGCCGGAAAGAACGACCCCGGCUGGAGAGGUUGUUGCGGCCGAAAGCCCCAGUGUCUAUCAAGCCAUGUACCGUAGUCUGUUCGACCGGAAGCAGGCACCUAGCAUUGAACCGGCAAAGCUGAACGGAAAGAGCACUAAGCGGGCACGUAAUGUGUUUUAUAUUGUUCUUCGACAUGGCCACUUGAUGCUGUACGACGAUUCAAAUCAGGUGGAAGUGCGUUAUGUUAUCUCACUGGCCCAUCAUGACGUAUCGAUAUAUGGCGGGGAAGGAGACAUCCCAGAGGGUGAGCUGUGGAUCAAAAGGAAUGCCAUAUGUCUGUCACGGCGACUGGAUUCGCUUGGUGACCUAGGCGGACCGACACCCCCAUUCUACCUUUUUUCAGAAAACUUGUCCGAGAAAGAAGACUUCUAUUUCGCUAUGCUUCAGAACCAGUCCAAAAUGAGGGACUCUGCAAGUCGUCCUCCUAAGAAUCAGGACUUCGACGUGAGACACAUAGUUACGCUGGUUCAGCGCCUUCACUCCUCUGAAGAGCAACUUCAAACUCGGUGGAUUAAUGCCUUCCUUGGAAGAUUAUUCCUCGCUCUCUAUCGAACGCCUGAAUUGGAGCAAUUUGUACGGAGCAAAAUCACAAAGAAAAUCUCUCGUGUAAACAAGCCAAACUUUAUCAGCAAGGUUGGCCUGCACAAAAUCGACAUGGGAGAAGGGGCCCCUUUCAUCACAAACCCACGGUUGAAAGAUCUGACCGCGGAUGGUAACUGCUGUGUUGAGGCGGAUCUCCAAUACACAGGUAACUUCCGUGUCGAAAUAUCCGCGACCGUUCGCAUUGAUCUAGGGCCUCGAUUUAAGGCCAGGGAAGUUGAUAUUUUGCUGGCGGUGGUACUCAAAAAGCUGGAAGGUCAUCUUUUGGCUCGCUUCAAGCCUCCACCAAGUAAUCGCUUCUGGAUGUCCUUUGAAACAAUGCCAAAGAUUUCCAUGGAUAUCCAGCCUAUAGUCAGUUCCAAACAAGUCACGUUUGGUCCCAUAUUGCGUACAAUCGAGAGCAAGAUUCGCGAGGUGAUUGCAGAGAGUAUCGUGCUACCUUUUUGGGAUGAUGUCCCCUUCUUGGAUACGAUGGGUCAGACUUUUCGCGGGGGUAUUUGGCAGCAUGAUGAACCGAGUGCUGGUGUUGAGGCAGAGAUCCCAGAUGAGUCCUAUGAACCUCCAAUGGUUCCCAAGGCCGCUUCUGCUCACCCGGUUGAGGUACUAAAAUCUAAGGAUGAUCGAACCAUGAGCAUGCCCGUCCUUCCGGAAACUGGGUUGCCCAAGGUGAAGCCACGGCGUGCCCCAAAAUUAUCGUCAUCAGACAUACAGGCUAGCACUUCGACAGCUACAUCUACUGGUAUAGAGAGCCCCAAUGCUGUGUCUUUGCCUCGUGCCAUUCGAUCACAAACAUUUUCCCAUGCGGCCGAUCCCGUCGUGACCCCAGACAAUGCAAACUUCAACAAGCCUGCAUCGGAUAUGGAUAGCCACGAGAAAACUAAUGCGACCAGUGUAAUGAUUGAAAUUUCGAAUCGUUCACCACCAGCUUCCCCGCAAAGGAUCCCGAGCAACUCGCCACCCACUGGGGGUCUAACGAUACCGGAAGCUGCAGUUCACAGUCGAGAAUCCUCAAUUGCAGAAUCCCUGGAUGGAGAGAGCUUCACCAAUGAUCACGUUAUUCAAAGCCCCUCAUCCGCUAGAUUCGAGACCAGCCACACCUCUAGCCUGCGAAGCUCUCGAGCUAGCUCUGUCACUUCGCUUUCGACUGACAAACCACGCCGACGUACUAUGGAAACCCUGACGAAGUCCUUCACGAGCAGUCUAGAUGACAAGGCUGGCAAUAUUACCAUUGGAUCAGCCACAGCAGCUGCAAAGAAAUGGGGUUGGGGUGUUUUUGGCAAAAGCGAGUCGAACACAACCCAGGAAAAACCCCAGUCUUCUGUAGGCACUCCUGGUCAACCUAUUGGACGCGGGCACCCCCACCCCCCACCAGGAGCCCCUUUACCCCAUCCCGACAGAUACGCUUUAAAGCGAAGCUCAAAUCCGGGUAAUUUUCCUAAGAGAAAGCCCAUAUCACCGGCAUUGCAUGAGCACGUUGGGGAGGGAAGUCCUCGCCCUGUAUCUCCCCCAAACUUCCCUCGCAGGAAACCAAUCCCUCCUGCCAUGCGUAUUGACCACACAGACGAGGUUCUUGUGGUCCAGGCACCUCAAGAUUCUGCACCGAAUAGUCCGGCCGUAGGAGAGCGGGAUUUCGAUGAAAGCUCCCAAGCCCCAAACCCGGCUUCAAGCGAGCCAUUUUCUAAUGCGGAAUUGACCGUAUCGGAAUCCGAACGUGGACAGCAUGACAGACAAGACGCUCUGCCCUUACAUUCAUUUCAACAAACAGACUCAUCCGCAGUGGCAAGUCAGGAUGCUGUGACUCCCCCUAGACCAGUUGAGCCUCCACCAGCAUAA